CCUCAUCCAGAGUCUCAGUGAUUGUUGACAUGCGUGGGGCCCCCCCCCCCCCGCCCACACCUGCCCCUGAAGCUCGGGGACGACUUGACUGUAAUUUGUGGAGGCUGAGACUCGGUUCUCUCCCCACCUGCCAGGAGACAAAACUCCGGGCCAGGCAGGGGAGGCUGACAGCCUGGGGCCACGUUCCCUUUGAGGACGUCCACUCCCAGCCUCCUGCCGGCCCUCCCGUGUCCCAGAGGACGCGUUUCGGCACAGCGUCCUCUGGCUGGGCUUCCCAAGUUUCAGUUACAGAGGGCAGGACCCGGAACCAUGGCCACAGCGUCUGCAGCACUUGGGGCGACUUCCACUAUAAGACGUUCGACGGCGACAUUUUCCGCUUCCCGGGCCUCUGCGACUACAACUUUGCGUCUGACUGCAGGGACUCCUACAAGGAGUUUGCGGUGCACCUGAAGCGGGGCCUGGGACGAGAUGGGGCUCACCCCCAGCUCGACUACAUCCUGCUGAACAUCAAAGACGACACUAUCUACCUCACCCGCCAGCUGGCGGUGCUGAACGGGGCCGUGGUCAGCACCCCGCACUAUAGCCCCGGGCUGCUCAUUGAGAAGAGCGACGUCUAUACCAAGGUCUACUCCCGCGCGGGACUCACCCUCAUGUGGAACCGGGAAGACUCCCUCAUGCUGGAGCUGGACAGUAAGUUCCGGAACCACACGUGUGGCCUCUGCGGGGACUACAACGGCCUGCACGUCUAUUCAGAGUUCCUCUCUGACGGUGUGUCCUUCAGUGCCAUCGAGUUUGGGAACAUGCAGAAGAUCAAAAAGCCUGGGGCCGUGUGCGAGGACCCCGAGGAGGAGCCCGCGGGAGAGUCCUGCUCUGAGCACCGCACCGAGUGCGAGAGGCUGCUGACGGGCUCGGCCUUCGAGGACUGCCUGGGCCUGGUGCCGCUGGAGCUGUACGUGCAGGCCUGCGUGCAGGACCGCUGCCGGUGCCCGCCGGGCGCCUCCUGCGUCUGCAGCAGCCUCGCCGAGUUCUCCCGCCAGUGCUCGCACGCGGGCGGCCGGCCGGGCACCUGGAGGACCCCCGUGUUCUGCCCCAAGAGCUGCCCCGGGAACAUGGUUUACCUGGAGAGCGGCUCACCCUGCAUGGACACCUGCUCACACCUGGGAAUCAGCAACCUGUGUGAGGAGCACCGCAUGGACGGCUGUUUUUGCCCGGAAGGCACUGUGUACGAUGACAUUGGGGGCAGAGGCUGUAUUCCCGUCAGCCAGUGUCACUGCAAGGUCCACGGGCACCUGUACUUGCCCGGCCAGCAGAUCACCAACGACUGCGAGCAGUGCGUCUGCACCGCCGGUCGCUGGGUGUGCAAAGACCUGCCAUGCCCAGGCACCUGCGCCCUGGAGGGCGGCUCCCACAUCUCCACCUUCGACGGGAAGAAGUACACUUUCCACGGCGACUGCUACUACGUGCUGGUCAAGGGCGACCACGACUCCUAUGCCCUCCUGGGUGAGCUGGCCCCCUGCGGCUCCACGGACAAGCAGACCUGCCUGAAGACGGCGGUGCUGCUGACCGACAAGAAGAAGAACGUGGUGGCCUUCAAGUCGGACGGCAGCGUGCUGCUGAAUGAGCUGCAGGUGAACUUGCCCCACGUGACUGCCAGCUUCUCCAUCUUCCAACCAUCCUCCCACCACCUCGUGGUGAAUACCGCCUUCGGCCUCAGGCUGCAGGUGCAGCUGGUGCCCGUGAUGCAGCUGUUUGUGACGCUGGACCAGGCCGCCCAGGGGCGCGUGCAGGGCCUCUGCGGGAACUUCAACGGCCUGGAAGGGGAUGACUUCAAGACGGCGGGCGGGCUGGUGGAGGCCACGGGGGCCGGCUUCGCCAACACGUGGAAGGCCCAGUCGAGUUGCCACGACAAGCUGGACUGGCUGGAGGACCCCUGCUCCCUCAACAUCGAGAGCGCCAACUACGCGGAGCACUGGUGCUCCCUGCUGAAGAAGACAGAGACCCCCUUCGGCAGGUGCCACUCAGCCGUGGACCCCUCGGAGUAUUACAAGAGGUGCAGGUACGACACGUGUAACUGCCAGAACAGCGAGGACUGCAUGUGCGCCGCCCUGUCCUCCUACGCCCGCGCCUGCGCCACCAAGGGCGUCAUGCUGUGGGGGUGGCGGGAGCAAGUCUGCAACAAGGACGUGGGCUCCUGCCCCAGCUCACAGAUCUUCCUGUACAACCUGACCACCUGCCAGCCCACCUGCCGCUCGCUCUCCGAGGCCGACACCCACUGCCUCAAGGGCUUUGCACCGGUGGACGGCUGCGGCUGCCCCGACCACACCUUCCUGGAUGAGAAGGGCCGCUGUGUGCCCCUGGCCAAGUGCUCUUGCUAUCACCGCGGCCUCUACCUGGAGGCCGGGGAAGUGGUCCUGCGGCAGGGGGAGCGAUGCGUUUGCCGGAACGGCAGGCUUCAGUGUGUUCAGAUCCAGCUGAUCGGCCUUCGCUGUCAGGCCCCAAAGAUCCACGUGGAUUGCAACAACCUGACAGCGCUGGCCAUCCAGAACCCGCGACCCACCAGCUGCCAGACGCUGGCUGCCGGCCACUACCAGACGGAGUGCAUCAGCGGCUGUGUUUGCCCGGACGGGCUGCUGGAUGACGGCCGCGGCGGCUGCGUCGUGGAAGGGCAGUGUCCCUGUGUGCACAACAAGGACCUGUACUCCCCUGGGGACAAGAUCAAGGUGGACUGCAACACCUGCACCUGCCGGAGGGGCCGCUGGGCGUGCACGCAGGCCGUGUGCUACGGCUCCUGCUCCAUCUACGGAAGCGGCCACUACAUCACGUUCGACGGAAAGCACUACGACUUUGAUGGACACUGUUCCUACGUGGCGGCUCAGGACUACUGUGGCCAGAACUCCUCACUGGGCUCCUUCAGCAUCAUCACCGAGAACGUUCCCUGUGGCACCACGGGUGUCACCUGCUCCAAGGCCAUCAAAAUCUUCAUGGGGAGUCUGGAGCUGAAGCUGGAGGGCAAGCACCGCGUGGUGAUCCAGCGAGACGUGGGCCACCACGUGUCCUACACCACGCGGGAGGUGGGCCAGUACCUGGUGGUAGAGGCCAGCGUGGGCGUCAUCGUCAUCUGGGACAAGAGGACCACCGUCUUCAUCAAGCUGGCGCCGUCCUACGAGGGCACGGUGUGCGGGCUGUGUGGGAACUUCGACCGCCGCUCCAGCAACGACUUCACCACGAGGGACCACAUGGUGGUGGACAGCGAGCUGGACUUCGGGAACAGCUGGAAGGAGGCCCCUACCUGCCCGGACGUGAGCUUCACCCCGGAGCCCUGCGCCCUGAGGCCGCACCGCCUCUCCUGGGCCGAGAAGCAGUGCAGCAUCAUCAAGAGCCGGGUCUUUGCCGUCUGCCACAGCAAGGUGGACCCCAAGCCAUUCUAUGAGGCCUGCGUCCAUGACUCGUGCUCCUGCGACACGGGCGGGGACUGUGAGUGCUUUUGCUCUGCCGUGGCCUCCUACGCCCAGGCGUGCACGAAGGAGGGGGCCUGCGUGUUCUGGAGGACGCCAGACCUGUGCCCCAUCUUCUGUGACUACUACAACCCCCCGGACGAGUGCGAGUGGCACUACGAGCCGUGUGGGAACCGCAGCUUUGAGACCUGCAGGACGGUCAACGGGAUCCACUCCAACAUCUCCGUGUCCUACCUGGAGGGCUGCUACCCGCGGUGCCCCAAGGACAGGCCCAUCUACGACGAGGACAAGAAGAAGUGCGUCACGGCCGACCAGUGUGGCUGCUACGUCGAGGACACCCGUUACCCACCUGGAGCGUCCGUGCCCUCCGACAAGGACUGCCAGUCUUGCAUGUGUACCAACUCCUCGGAAGUUGUCUGCCGGCCCGAAGAAGGGAAGAUUCUCAACUAUACCCAGGACGGGUCUUUCUGCUACUGGGUGAUCUGCGGUCCCAACGGGACAGUGGAGAAACACUUCAACAUCUGCCAGCCUACCUCGCCUCCCUCGUCCUCCUUGCCACCCUCCACCACCCCCGUCACCAGCACCACGAGCACCACCCCCACCCCCAUCCCCAGCACAGCAACGACCAUCUCCUCAACGACCCCGUCCUCAACCACUCCCAAUGUGUGCUGCUUCUGGUCCGACUGGAUCAAUGAGAACCACCCCAGCAUGGACAGCACCGGUGGAGACUGGGAGAAAUUCGACAGUGUCUGCAGGGAACCCGAGGACAUCCAGUGCAGGUUGGCCACAGAGCCAGAGCUCAGCUGGGAGGAGACGGGCCAGAAGGUACAGUGUGAUGUCUCCUCAGGGUUCAUUUGCCUCAACGAAGACCAGUUUGGAAAUGGGCCGUUCGCGGUCUGUUAUGAUUAUGAAAUACGUGUCAAUUGUUGCCUGCCGAUGUAUGAGUGUCCCGACACGGAGACCCCCUCCACACCCACACCCACGACUGUGUCAACGACGCCACCUACCACGAGCGCCACGACCUCCAGUGUUCUCCCCCCCACGCUGACCCCAAUAUCCUCCCCCAGCAUUGUUGAAACUACAGGUUCCAUCACCAGCACAGCCCUGGAAAAGUGUUGCGUCUUGAAUGACACAUACUUUGCCCCAGGUGAAACGGUGUAUAACGGCACGCAUGGGGACACCUGCUAUUACGUGAACUGCUCGCUGUCCUGCACCUUUGAGUUCUUCAACUGGUCGUGUCCGUCCACACCCUCCCCAACGCCCACCCCUUCCUCGCCAACGCCGGCCUCAACACCGAAACCACCCACGUCCAUGGCAUCGAGCACUCUGGCCACCACCAAGCCCCCUGGGUGCUUAGACUUUGAUCCUCCCAGAGAGGAGAACGAGACGUGGUGGCUGUGUAACUGCACCAUGGCCAUCUGCAAAUACGACAACACAGUGGAGUUAGUGCAGGUGAAGUGCAAACCCCCACCCAUGCCCACCUGCUCCAACGACCUCCUGCCUGUGCGCGUCAUGGACCCUGAUGGCUGCUGCUGGCACUGGGAGUGCGACUGCUACUGCACAGGCUGGGGGGACCCACACUAUGUCACCUUCGACGGGCUUUACUACAGCUACCAGGGCAACUGCACGUACGUGCUGGUGGAGGAGAUCAGCCCCACGGUAGACGGCUUCGGCGUCUACAUCGACAACUACCACUGUGACGUCAACGACCGGGUGUCCUGCCCCCGGACGCUCAUCGUGCGCCACGAGACCCAGGAGGUGCUGAUCAAGACGGUGCAGAUGGCCCCCAUAAAAGUGCAGGUGCAGGUCAACGGGCAGGCCGUGGCGCUGCCCUACAGGAAGUAUGGGCUGCAGGUGUCCCAGUCGGGCAUCAACUACGUGGUGGACAUCCCCGAGCUGGGCGCCCUCAUCUCCUACAACGGCCUGUCCUUCUCCAUCAGGCUGCCCCACCACCGGUUUGGCAACAACACCAAGGGCCAGUGUGGCACGUGUACCAACAACACCGCCGACGACUGCGUGUUGCCCAGCGGAGAGGUCGUUUCCAACUGCGAGGUCGCGGCCGACCAGUGGGUGGUAAACGACCCCUCCAAGCCACACUGUCCCCACGUCGGCGUCACCACCAAGCCCCCGGCUAGCACGCCGUCAGCGGGCAGCCCCACGCCCAAGGACUGUGCUUCCCCUCUCUGUGACCUCAUCAAAGACAGCCUGUUCGCCCAGUGCCACGCCGUGGCACCCCCCCAGCACUACUACGACGCCUGCGUGUACGACAGCUGCUUCGUGCCCGGCUCGGGCCUGGAGUGCGCCAGCCUGCAGACCUACGCGACCCUCUGUGCCCAGAAGGGCGUCUGUAUUGACUGGCGGAACCACACCAACGGCGCCUGCUUGCUGACGUGUCCGCCUCACAGGGAGUACCGGGCCUGUGGUCCUCCAGAGGAACCCAGCUGCAAGUCUGGAUCCUUCGAGAAGAACGACAGCAUCCUGGUGGAGGGCUGCUUCUGUCCCGAGGGCACCAUGAACUACGCCCCGGGAUUCGACGCCUGCGUGGACAUGUGUGGCUGUAUGGGACCUGACAAUGUGCCUAGAAAGUUUGGGGAACACUUCGAGUUCGACUGCAAGAGCUGUGUCUGUCUGGAGGGCGGGAGCGGCAUUUCCUGCCUGCCCAAGACGUGCAGCCAGGAGCUGCCCCAGUGCACGGAGGAGGGCACCUACCCGCUCACAGAGGUCAACCCUGCCGACACCUGCUGCAACAUCACAUCCUGCAAGUGCAACACCAGCCUGUGCCCGGCGACGCCGUCCAAGUGCCCACUGGGAUUUGAAGCGAAGAGUGAGAUCACACCUGGGAAGUGCUGCCCUACCUACACCUGUGUGCCCAAGGGUGUGUGCGUUCACCAGAAUGCCGAGUACCAGCCGGGGUCGCCAGUUUACUCCUCCAAGUGCCAGGACUGCGUGUGCACCAACCGCAGGAACAGCAGCACCGAGCUCAACGUCAUCUCCUGCACCCACGUGCCCUGUGACAACUCCUGCAGCCCCGGCUUCGAGCUGGCAGAGGCCCCCGGAGAGUGCUGUGGUAAGUGCGAGCAGACCCACUGCAUCAUCAAGAGGCCCGGCAAGGAACCCAUCAUCCUAAAGCCCGGGGACAUAAAGCAUGACCCGAAGAAUAACUGCACAUUCUUCAGCUGCGUGAAGAUUCACAACCAGCUCAUCUCUUCGGUCUCCAACAUCACCUGCCCCGACUUUGACCCCAGCAUCUGCCUCCCGGGUUCCAUCACUCUCAUGCCCAAUGGUUGCUGCAAGAAAUGCAUCCCUCGCAACGAGACCAGGAUCUUCUGUUCCGCCAUCCCAGUUACCCGGGAAAUUUCUUUCGCCGGCUGCACCAACAAGGUCACAAUGAACUACUGCUCUGGGUCCUGCGGGACCUUCGCCCUGUACUCGGCCGAGGCCCAGGCCCUGGACCACAGGUGCUCCUGCUGUAAGGAAGAACGGACCAGCCAGCGGGAGGUGGUGCUGCACUGUCCCCAGGGCGGCUCGCGGAGCCACACCUACACCCACAUCGAGAGCUGCCGGUGCCAGGACACCGUCUGCGAGCUCCCGCCGGCCCCGAGCCGCGUCCCCGGCCGCUCCCGGCGCUCCAGCCCCGGGGGCCUGCGCCCAGGAGGCGCUUGAACAGGGUCGUGCCACCCAGCUCGCCCCCACCGCCCUCCGCACCCCCCACCCCUCCUGCUGACCCCCUGAGCUUCCUCACCUCCUGAGCCGGCUUCCUCUCUGCAGAUAUUUAUUUUCUGAGUCUUUGUUCAAUUCUUCGCUUUCCACAAUAAACUUGGUCAGACGCUG